AUCUUGGCCUACUUUAAAGGAUUGUUGGCAGGGUUGCUGGGAUGAUACGCUUUGGAUAUUGGAAAUGUGUUGCUUCACUCCUAAAUUCAUAUAUUGUACACGAGUACAGCAGCAGGAGAAAUAUGACUGCAGAGCCCACACUAUUGGCUCUGCUGAGAGAUUAGCUCUAUUUAGCACCUGAACAGAGUGCAUUUGAUGUGUUUAUCACUUUAAGAAGUUUGAAACUUUAAGAACCGGUGCCUGAACUUCCUUUUUCUCCUCUUUGCCUGUCCCUUUUUUGGGGCUUUUUUUGGGGGGGGUGUGUAUUUUCAAUUUUAAAGCUGCAAAAUAGCAAAUGUCUUCUUUCUAUGCCAAUUUUCUUGCUCUUAUGUAAGCUGCUCUGGGAAUGUUUUCAGCUAAGCAACAAGUCGUGUAAUAUGCUUUAAGAAGAUCAAAGGUUCCAAAUGGGGAGAAAAAUUCAUGUCAUGUGGCCUGCUACUGGAAAGGCAAAAACCAGAGGAAGGAAAGAGCAGAGGAAGCAGAGCUUUUCCAAUGUCAUCAGAUACAUUUUUCACCCACAAGGGGAUCUCAUUCCCCACAGUGAUAUACUCAGCCGAAUCACUUAGCUAUGUGGAAAAUGAAUUCCGCCUCUUGGACGAUGAUGUACUGAAUAUCGCUUACCCCCAAUCAGGUUCCAAUUGGAUGAUGGAGAUCUUGGGAUGGAUCCGGCAUGAAUGGGACCCCUCAUGGGUUCGCAGUGAGAAAAUAGGGGAAUGGUCACCCUGGAUUGAGACCUUUGAAGGCCUGAAGAUCGCCUUGAAAUAUCCUCCACCCAGGCUUCUGGCUGCUCAUCUGCCAUUCAGCCUUUUCCCUAAGUCCUUUCUCCACUCCAAGGCCAAGGUUAUUUACACCCUCCGUAACCCCAAGGAUGUGCUGAUCUUGUGCUACCAUUACUCCAAGAGCUGUAAAGGAUGGAAGGACCCUGGCACUCUCGAGGAGUACCUGGAGGAGUUCCUGAUUGGAAAUGUAUCCCAUGGUUCCUGGUUUGAACAUGUGAAAGGCUGGCUGCAGCUGAAGAACAGAGACAACGUCUUUUUCAUCACUUUUGAAGACCUGGAGCAGAACCUGCGAAGUAGCAUAGAGAGGAUCUGUCACUUCCUUGGCAAGGAGCUCAAGACCCACCAAAUUGACUCUGUAAUGGAAAACACCUCCUUCCAGACAAUGAAGAAUGGCAGAAUGGCCUACUUACCUCAGCAGAAAGAGAGCGUUUUUCCCCAUAAGAAAGGGAUGCUUGCGAAGUCAGAUGACAAUAGACCUAAAGUGACCUCUGGGGACUGGAAGAACUACCUGACAGUGGCACAGAGUGAACGCUUUGACCGUUUUUAUCAUGCGAAUAUGCAGGGUUUGGAUCUGACCUUCCCAUGGGACUGAAGAAUGUCUGAUGGUUCCUCUUGCUGUUUUGCAUCCUCACACACUCUUCUAUGUGUCAUAUGGUUCAUGCUCCUUCUACUAAACAGACAGGUUGUAUUGCUGCGGAAUUAUUUCUUCAGAUGUGGUCAGAAGGUGAAUCAGUAAUAGGAUGGUUUUAUUGUAUUUUGUGUACAAUAUAUAUAUUGUAUGACAGAGGUGGGGAACCUGUGGCCAAAUGUUGUUGGACUACUACACCCAUCAUCCCAGACCGUUGGCUAUGCUGGUUGGGGCUGAUGAGAGCUGGAAUCUAUUAACAUCUGGAGGGGCAACGUUUUCCCACACCUGUUAUAUGCUGUUAGUUUUUUAUUUUGUAAGCUGCCUACAGAAUUGUAUUGAUGUGCAGCUACAUAAAUGUAAUUACCAAUAACAACCAUACAACA